AUGGGGGGGGCCAAGAGGAAGCCUGACGCCCCGGCUGCGCGGCCCAAGAAGCGAGCUAAGAGAGCCCCGAGCGCCCCUGAGCAUGCUGCCAAGCCGGGCCCGGAGGGAGCGGGCCCGGGGGAGUACAGCAUCCCGCCGCCGGUCUCGCAGGGUAAAUGGAAAAACAAGGAGCGAGUGCUUAUUUUCUCUUCCCGUGGAAUUAAUUUCAGAACAAGGCACUUAAUGCAAGACUUAAGGACAUUGAUGCCUCACUCUAAAGCAGAUACUAAAAUGGAUCGUAAAGACCAGUUGUUUGUAAUUAAUGAGGUGUGUGAAAUGAAAAAUUGCAAUAAGUGCAUCUUUUUUGAAGCCAAAAAGAAACAGGAUCUCUAUAUGUGGCUUUCAAAUACACCACAGGGACCAUCAGCUAAAUUCUUAGUGCAGAAUGUUCACACACUGGCUGAAUUGAAGAUGACAGGAAACUGCCUAAGGGGCUCACGGCCCCUUUUGUCUUUUGAUCCAGCAUUUGACAAGGAGCCACACUAUGCCCUGCUAAAAGAAUUGUUUAUUCAGAUAUUUAGUACACCACAGUAUCACCCCAAAAGCCAGCCAUUUGUAGAUCAUGUUUUCACCUUCACCAUUACAGACGAGAGGAUCUGGUUUCGGAAUUACCAGAUAAUAGAAGAAGACGCAUCUCUAGUAGAAAUUGGGCCUCGUUUUGUCCUCAACCUUAUCAAAAUCUUCCAAGGUAGCUUUGGAGGAGCAACUCUGUAUGAAAAUCCCCAUUACCAGUCCCCAAAUACGCAUCGACGGCUAAUAAGAUUGUCAGUAGCGGCUAAGUUUAGAGAGAAACAGCAAGUGAAGGAAGUCCAGAAGAUUAAGAAAAAAGGGAGUAAGGUGCUUAUUGAAGAAGAUCCCACUGAAGUGGUCUUUGAAACUCCAGCUGAAGAAAAGCCAGUGGAAAUACAGCUCGUGAAACCAGAGUCAAAGCCAAUUGUUAAAGAUAAAAAGAAGCCACGCAAAAUUCAGAGGAAGAAGCAAAAAAAGCUUUUCAGAACUGAAGCAUCAGCAUAAAUGUUACAAGUGAAGAAACUAAGCAGACUCCAAAGUCGUGUUGGUCUGGUAUAGGUAUACUUAGCUGUAUUUCAUAGCUAUAUUGACAUCAUAUUGUAAAUACUUGUUUUUAAAGGCAAAACUAACUUCAGUUUUAAGUAAACAAAAUACCAAUUUCUUUAUU